AUGGUUAAUUCGUACUGCGUGGUGCUAGAAAAGGACGUCUGGCUGCUGUUAUAUCGCUCGUGGUCGGUGGAGGCGGCGCUGCGACAUGCUCCGUCGUACCGCGUGGUGCUAGAAAAAGACGUCUGGCUGCCGCUAUACCGCUCGUGGUCGGUGGAGUCGUACCGCGUGGUGCUAGAAAAGGACGUCUGGCUGCCGCUAUACCGCUCGUGGUCGUCGUACCGCGUGGUGCUAGAAAAAGACGUGUGGUUGCCGCUAUACCGCUCGUGGUCGGUGGAGGCGGCGCUACGCCACGCCUCGUCGUACUGCGUGGUGCUAGAAAAAGACGUGUGGUUGCCGCUAUACCGCUCGUGGUCGGUGGAGGCGGCGCUACGUCACGCGCCCGCUACCGGCCCACACCUCAAGAUGCAAGCCUCUAUAACUCCACAGUCUUACCGCGUGGUGCUAGAAAAAGACGUCUGGCUGCCGCUAUACCGCUCGUGGUCGGUAGAGGCAGCGCUACGUCACGCGCCCGCUACCGGCCCGUAUCUCAAGUUACACACGCUGGCUGGAGCCGCGAGACUAAGGCAGCUGCUAGCUGAUAUGGGCUUCCCCCUCCAACAAGCGCGGCAGGCGUACCGCUCCAUGGACGUGGAACUCCGGCGUUGCCUGCUGUCCGCCCUCGAAGCGGCCGCGCCCAAGCACAAGCUGCCGCCGCCCACGCGCGCCGCCUUCGUGCUGCAGCGGCCGCACGCGCCGCCCAGGCCGGCCCACGACCUGGCGUACGCGCUGCUGGGGCUCAUCGAGCACGUGAGUGUCUCCGCCCAGCGAGCGCCGCCCCAGCACGAGCUGCCGCCGCCCACGCGCGCCGCCUUCGUGCUGCAGCGGCCGCACGCGCCGCCCAGGCCGGCCCACGACCUGGCGUACGCGCUGCUGGGGCUCAUCGAGCACGUGAGUGUCUCCGCCCAGCGAGCGCCGCCCCAGCACGAGCUGCCGCCGCCCACGCGCGCCGCCUUCGUGCUGCAGCGGCCGCACGCGCCGCCCAGGCCGGCCCACGACCUGGCGUACGCGCUGCUGGGGCUCAUCGAGCACGUGAGUGUCUCCGCCCAGCGAGCGCCGCCCCAGCACGAGCUGCCGCCGCCCACGCGCGCCGCCUUCGUGCUGCAGCGGCCGCACGCGCCGCCCAGGCCGGCCCACGACCUGGCGUACGCGCUGCUGGGGCUCAUCGAGCACGUGAGUGUCUCCGCCCAGCGAGCGCCGCCCCAGCACGAGCUGCCGCCGCCCACGCGCGCCGCCUUCGUGCUGCAGCGGCCGCACGCGCCGCCCAGGCCGGCCCACGACCUGGCGUACGCGCUGCUGGGGCUCAUCGAGCACGUGAGUGUCUCCGCCCAGCGAGCGCCGCCCCAGCACGAGCUGCCGCCGCCCACGCGCGCCGCCUUCGUGCUGCAGCGGCCGCACGCGCCGCCCAGGCCGGCCCACGACCUGGCGUACGCGCUGCUGGGGCUCAUCGAGCACGAGACGAUGCCAAAGGGCGAGGGCUUCCAACACGCAUUAGCAGCACUGGAGCCGUCGGGCUGCGACGACAGCGCGCGCGCCGGACUACAGGCGGCCCAACGCGCGCUGGAAGCAGUAGCGCGCCUCGUGCACGCCACGCUCAGCGCGCGCCGCCUGCACCUCGCCGGGCCCUUCGGCUACUUCAUCGUGCAGGAGGUGGGUCACCGGGACACUGGGGGUCACCGGGACACUGGGCCCGCGGGACUACAGGCGGCCCAACGCGCGCUGGAAGCAGUAGCGCGCCUCGUGCACGCCACGCUCAGCGCGCGCCGCCUGCACCUCGCCGGGCCCUUCGGCUACUUCAUCGUGCAGGAGGUGGGUCACCGGGACACUGGGGGUCACCGGGACACUGGGCCCGCGGGACUACAGGCGGCCCAACGCGCGCUGGAAGCAGUAGCGCGCCUCGUGCACGCCACGCUCAGCGCGCGCCGCCUGCACCUCGCCGGGCCCUUCGGCUACUUCAUCGUGCAGGAGGUGGGUCACCGGGACACUGGGGGUCACCGGGACACUGGGCCCGCGGGACUACAGGCGGCCCAACGCGCGCUGGAAGCAGUAGCGCGCCUCGUGCACGCCACGCUCAGCGCGCGCCGCCUGCACCUCGCCGGGCCCUUCGGCUACUUCAUCGUGCAGGAGGUGGGUCACCGGGACACUGGGGGUCACCGUGACACUGGGCCCGCGGGACUACAGGCGGCCCAACGCGCGCUGGAAGCAGUAGCGCGCCUCGUGCACGCCACGCUCAGCGCGCGCCGCCUGCACCUCGCCGGGCCCUUCGGCUACUUCAUCGUGCAGGAGGCGGCCCAACGCGCGCUGGAAGCAGUAGCGCGCCUCGUGCACGCCACGCUCAGCGCGCGCCGCCUGCACCUCGCCGGGCCCUUCGGCUACUUCAUCGUGCAGGAGGCGGCCCAACGCGCGCUGGAAGCAGUAGCGCGCCUCGUGCACGCCACGCUCAGCGCGCGCCGCCUGCACCUCGCCGGGCCCUUCGGCUACUUCAUCGUGCAGGAGGCGGCCCAACGCGCGCUGGAAGCAGUAGCGCGCCUCGUGCACGCCACGCUCAGCGCGCGCCGCCUGCACCUCGCCGGGCCCUUCGGCUACUUCAUCGUGCAGGAGGCGGCCCAACGCGCGCUGGAAGCAGUAGCGCGCCUCGUGCACGCCACGCUCAGCGCGCGCCGCCUGCACCUCGCCGGGCCCUUCGGCUACUUCAUCGUGCAGGAGGUGGGUCACCGGGACACUGGGGGUCACCGUGACACCGCGGAGUCACUGAGGUGGGUCACCGGGACACUGGGGGUCACCGUGACACUGGGCCCGCGGGACUACAGGCGGCCCAACGCGCGUCUCGUGCACGCCACGCUCAGCGCGCGCCGCCUGCACCUCGCCGGGCCCUUCGGCUACUUCAUCGUGCAGGAGGUGGGUCACCGGGACACUGGGGGUCACCGUGACACUGGGCCCGCGGGACUACAGGCGGCCCAACGCGCGCUGGAAGCAGUAGCGCGCCUCGUGCACGCCACGCUCAGCGCGCGCCGCCUGCACCUCGCCGGGCCCUUCGGCUACUUCAUCGUGCAGGAGGUGGGUCACCGGGACACUGGGGGUCACCGGGACACUGGGCCCGCGGGACUACAGGCGGCCCAACGCGCGCUGGAAGCAGUCGCGCGCCUCGUGCACGCCACGCUCAGCGCGCGCCGCCUGCACCUCGCCGGGCCCUUCGGCUACUUCAUCGUGCAGGAGGUGGGUCACCGGGACACUGGGGGUCACCGGGACACUGGGCCCGCGGGACUACAGGCGGCCCAACGCGCGCUGGAAGCAGUAGCGCGCCUCGUGCACGCCACGCUCAGCGCGCGCCGCCUGCACCUCGCCGGGCCCUUCGGCUACUUCAUCGUGCAGGAGGGUACACCAGAAGCGCGCUUCGUCCGCGGACCACAUUGGCUAGGCGUGGCAGCGCGCUGGGCUUCGAGCGCAUGCGGCGGCGCUCGGCCUCUGCUGGCCAGUGCUCCUUUAGACGACGCCACAUGUCUACUAGUCGGAAUCCCGCCGCGCUUCGAUCAGGAGCCCAGAAACUUGUUCGGGGCAGCAUUCGAGCAAGCGGCGCGCAAGAGCGGCGCAUCAGUGUCCCUGGACCUGCUAGACGCGUCAGUAAUCACGCUGCCGACGUCACAGCGGCCGCAGUUUCUCGACGCGCUCACCGCCUUGCUGGCGUGAAACACAUUCUUUUAACGCUGUCAUACAACGCUACCGUAACGAUUGUCAGAACAGGUUGUUGGGUUGGUGAUGUGAUGCAAUAAUGUAGGAAACAGGGUUGCAAUGUUUACUGUAUUGAACGUUACUAUCCAGGCAUCCAGCGUCAGACUAGCUCAUUUGUUGUAGUGAAAUAAUUUUAGAGAAGUAACUGAGACUGUUCUAUUGUAAUAGCCGCCUUAACUAUGAGUGCCACAACACAUCUACAAAUCAAUCCCAGGAUAACCUUGAGAGUAAAGUUGAUUUUGACACUAAUUUCUGCAUCAGGUGUCUUAUGAAGGAUUAAAAUUAAUACUUCGGUUUGUCAUCGUGUCGAUGAAGCACCUGAUGUCAUGCCCUGAGUGCCCAAGCAACUGCACUCAGGAGGAUUUGAUGAGUGCUACUGACAACGCCACUCUUGUGGCGGAGUUUUGGGCUGACACUGUGUAGGUUUGUUGUCGACACGAAAAGAAGAAGAAAAUUAAUACUGUACAAAUAUAGGAUUAAAGGAAUCGAAUGGCUUGUUAUUUUAUUUUGAUUUCAUUGAUUAGUGUGUAAUAUAUUUUUUAAUACUUGAUUGCCUGAUUUAGCAUUUAAUAUUGUUAAUGUAUUUUAAUCACAAUUACAAUUUUCUAAUUAAUUUCCUAUCAUG